AUGCUGUUGCAACGUUUCGAAGCAGUUUCUGAACGAUUUAGGAAUUUCGGUGGCUCUAUUUAAUUUUUUUAACAGGUAAUUCAGCUUUCAGGGCGUUCUAUUCUCACUCAGCAACUUUCUGGUCAUGACUUCGUUCCCAAUGCACAGUUCUCUAUUUCAACAACCCUUUUCUUUUCCUUGACUUUCAUCGCAUUAUCUGCUUUCGUCUAUGCUGCGAAUUCUGAAGGUAAGAAGUCCCAAAAUAGGAAAAAAAAGGAAACUUUACAGUCGUGGAAUACGUUAUUCGCUACGAUAAUUCCUCGAAACCUCAAGCUUCGAUCGAAAUUCAGAUAGAUACACACGUACCAGUAUGUUACAAAAAACGUUUUGAAAAAAAAAAUCGUCGUUCAGCCGCCAGUCCUUUUUUUCUACAAGUUGCAGAACUUCCCGAGAAACCAUCGAAGAAUGCAGCACAGUGUGUGUUAUCGACAACUCAUAGGAGAAGAUAGUUCCAUGUGUGAAACGGUAAUUUAACCUUUCAGGAUUUCAAAGAGAAAUAUUCAACUUGAGCCAAGACUUCGUUACCGCAUGAAUAAAUAUUUUUGUGCUUCUGCAAUCAACGUGAGCUGUCCGGAAUGGCUUCCGAUGUGCGCGGCAGUCCCUCGAUGCACCAAAUAUUUUGCGCCAAUGGGUGCUGUUGCAGCUUCGAUGUUUAACGGUACUUUUUGCUACUUUUGUUUUUAGUCAACUUUUAGAAAAAUUAAUCAAAUCUAACAAGGAUCGCAUAAUUCAAAAAAAUUCGUAAUAAGUUAAAAAUAAGAUCAAGAAAAAAAGGCUAGAAAAAAAUCAGUUCAUACAAAGAAGUUUCGAUAAAGUGAAACUAACUAUCCCAAUAAUUUUGAAAAUGGAAGUGCUAAAUCAAAAAAAUUUCGAGUUUUUUUAUUUUGCUACCAGCAUAGAUUGUUGUCAUGGAAAUCGCAAUAAAAAAACCGAGUUCGAAAAAUUCAAUAAAAAAACGAAAAAAAUUAAAUUAUCUCUCAGCAUUGGGCAAAACUGUAGAAAUCAAAAACUUUUUCUUUUUGAAGACGAAACGUUUGAAAAACAUAAAAACAUUUUUUUCCAAUCAAACAAGGAAAAAUAAUCGUAGAAAAAAAUAUUUCUCUUGGCAUUGAAGGAGAAAAAUAAAUAAUUAAAAAAAUUGCGAUAUAAAAAAAUUAAUCUAUUGUGUUUUUUUAAUCAAACCAAAAUUCAAGCUGCAAUAAACUAUUAUAUUUUUAGAUAAGAAUCAGCUGUUUUUUUCCACGAACUUUGAUUGUUGCAGACACUUUUCACCUAGAACACAGCAGUUUUGGAGGAGUACCUUUUACAACCGCAGGAAUUGUUUCUGAAGAAGAAAUGAGAAUGUACGCGGAAUCGCCUACUUCAAACAGCAAGAAACUGUGUGACCACGCUAUGGUGAUCAACUUUUGGGAGUCGUCAUAGUUCAAGUUCCAGUUUCAAAACACAAUCAAGCCGGAAAGUUGGCCGAAACAUAUUUGUGAAAUGGGUGGUUAUCGAAACAUUGACUUCAUUGUAUGGAUGAGGCCUGUGGCGUACUCUAGUUUCAACAAAAUUUACCGGCAUUUGGACCCAAGCGGGGCAUUUGAAAACGGACUGCCUCCCGGUCGAUACACCCUUUAUAUUGAGAACAAUUGUAAGUUAGUUCUAUCAGUGACAGAUCCUCCGGGCGUAUCGAAACUUUUUUUUGCAACUAUACUCGUUCAGUGGCUUGUUUUUCAGUUUUUAACGAUGGCACGGAGAAGUUCUUCAAAAUCUUACACCCUUCUUGGCUGGGAACUAAAAACAGAUUCUUUUUCCUGGGUUUUUUGUUUCUCGGCGUUAUCUUCCUAUUCGUUGCAAUAUUCUUCUUGGUUUGGUUUGUGUUCUUUACUGCAAAGUGAGUUUUUCCACGAUAAAGUGCGACGAAUUCCAACACGCCUUUCCAGAAAAACGGCAGCAGAGAUUGACUGA